UGUGGGCCACACUUGGGUGGAAUGGGCUACACAGACACCAAGACAGUAAAUAGCUGUUCUUGUUCCUCUGGUGUUAAACUCCAGUGUUUGUUUACAGUUUAGCCCUAGCUGUACAGGAUUUCUUUGUGUAUGAACGUCUUAAGUGACUAAUGAAUAUAAACAGUGCAUGUCAUCUCGGUGACUUCCGGGGGCGUUUGAUUCGUUGUGGAUGACAUCAGAUGUGGAGUGAGUUUGCGAAAAAAAAAGAGUGGGGUGGGGGUAGAACCGGUGCCCUCUCCUCUCCUCUAUUCCUGAAUAUGACACAAUGUCUGCUGGUAUAAAGAGCUAGAGCCACUCCUAUCAGGGCUCCUCUGGUGUCUGGAGAUCUCGCCGGAGCAGUGCAGUGAAUAAAGGGAGGAGGCGGAGGAGGAGUACUGCUGUUGCUGCUGUAUUACUGCAAUCACUGACAGGGAGAGGAGAACAUUGAAGAGAAGAGGAGAAAGGAGCAGAGGACAGGAUGGCCACCUUGGUACAGUCUGCGAACAUGGAGGUUCUGGGUGGUCAGAGCAGCACCGGAACGUCUCCCACAUCCACCGGCCCCCAGCCGCACUUUAACGACAACAAAUUUUACCUACUGGUGGUGAUCGGUGAGAUCAUCACGGAGGAUCACCUCAAGUGUGCCAUUGCGGACAUAGAAAAAGGAAUCCGUUCAUGGGACACCAACCUCAUCGACUGCAACCUGGACCAGGAGCUUAAACUGUUCGUCUCCAGGCACUCGGCUCGCUUCUCUGCAGAUGUCAGAGGUCAGAGAAUUCUGCAUCAUAAAAGUAAUGUCCUGGAAACAGUGGUUCUCAUCAACCCUUCAGAUGAAGCAGUCAGUACUGAGGUUCGUCUGAUGAUUUCAGACACGGCCAGACACAAGCUUCUGGUUCUCUCGGGCCAAUGUUCUGAAAUGUCAGGGGAGCUGAUUCUUCAGUCCGGAUCCUUUUCUUUCUCUAAUUUCAUAGACAUAUUCACUGACCAGGAGAUUGGGGAAUUGCUCAGCACCAUUCACCCAGCAAACAAAGCCUAUCUUACACUCUUCUGCCCCGAACAAGGCGACUGGAAAAACUCUAACUUGGACAAACACAACCUGCAGGACUUCAUCAACAUGAAACUAAACUCAGCACUUAUACUCCCCGAGAUGGAGGGGCUCUCUGAAUUCACAGAGUACUUGUCCGAAUCCGUCGACAUCCCGUCACCUUUUGACAUGCUAGAACCACCAACCUCAGGUGGAUUCCUGAAACUCUCCAAACCGUGCUGUUACAUUUUUCCUGGCGGUCACGGCGACUCUGCUCUCUUUGCUGUGAAUGGCUUCAACAUGCUCAUUAACGGCGGCUCAGACCGGAGGUCCUGCUUCUGGAAACUGGUGAGACAUUUGGAUCGGGUGGACUCCAUCCUGCUGACGCACAUUGGUGAUGAUAACCUCCCAGGCAUCAACAGCAUGCUGCUGAGGAAGAUUGCCGAAGCUGAGGAAGAACAGUCUCAAGGAUCAACAGCGAACAGUGACUGGGUGAAGAACAUGAUUUCUCCAGAUAUUGGUGUGGUGUUUGUGAACCUUCCUGAGAACCUAGAUAACCCUGCACCCAACUACAAAGUGCGGAAGAUCAUUGAGGAAGCAGCUUCUACUCAUCAGUUCCUCACCAAGUUAAAUUUAAGGAUAGAACCAUUGCAGAGGCCUGUUGGGAACACAAUAGAACCAAUAAUCCUUUUCCAGAAGAUGGGCGUUGGAAAGCUUGAGAUGUAUGUGCUUAAUCCUUCGAAGAACAGCAAGGAGAUGCAGCACUUCAUGAAGCAGUGGACAGGCAGCGAAAAAGACGCGGCUUCCAUUCUCCUGCCAAACGGAAAAGAAUCCCAGUUCCCUGUCUCUUACUUGACAUCGAUUUCCUCACUCAUCGUGUGGCACCCAGCGAAUUCCUCAGAGAAGGUUGUGCGAGUUCUUUUCCCUGGAAAUGCCACCCAGCAUCACAUCUUUGAAGGUUUAGAAAAGCUAAAGCACUUGGAGUUUUUGAAGCAGCCUGUUGUAACUCAGAAAGCGAUGUCUGCCACCGUGUCUUCAACACCAACCAUAAAGCAAGCAAAGAUGAAACACAGGGCGGACAGCAAAGAAAGUCUGAAAUCCACCCCCAGGCCGUCACCAAGCAAGAGCAUCAGGAAGGACUCAAAGGAGGAAGCUCCAGAAAAGGCAAAGACAGAUGCAGAAAGUACACAUGAAAAAACUCAAAAAGUGGAGAAAAAAGAAAAGGUCUCAGUGAGAAAAGUAAAGACGAGUGAGAAAGAAUCGAAGGCAAAGGCAGACACAACAGUACAAAAUGAAGCACUGGAAAAUAAAAAGUCUGAACUUAAACAAAAGGCAGAAAAGGUGACUAAGAAGGAGCCGAGAAUUUCAAUGGAGAAGAAAAGAGAGGCAAGAAAGGAAGUGGCAAAGAAAGAUGAUAUUUUUAAACAGGAAAGUCGAAAAGAUGAGAAGGUGAAAAAGGAGGACGCAAAGAAAACUUUGAAGAAGGACAUCAGAAAGGACUCCCCUCUGAAGGAGAAGAAAGAAGAGAAAAAAGAGCAAAAGAAAGACAUCAAAAGGCCAACCAAGGAUGUGAAAAAGACGGAUGAAAAGAGUUCAGCACCGAAACCAAAGGCUUUAAAGAAAGACAGUGCCUCAAAUAAAGACGCAGGAUUACCAUCGAAAUCAAAGGAGAAGGGAAAAACAAAAGUAACAAAGGCAGAAACAAAAAUAGAUGACGUGAAACAGGCAGCUUCAGCCGCUGCUGCUGCUGCCACUGCUGCUGUCGCCGCUGUUGCUGCUGUUGCCGUUGCUGCCGUUGCUGCUGCUCCCGUUGCUGUUGCUCCCGUUGCUGCUGCUCCCGCCAGUGAUGAAGUGGAAGACCUCGAGGCAGUACGGUCUCUUAUGUCCACACCAGAGGACCUUACUAAAGACUUUGAAGAGCUCAGGGGUGAGGAGUUGGUCGAAGAUGAAGCAGUGAUACAACAACUUGAGGAAGAAGAGGUUGUAAUGGUCCACCAUGAAGAAAUACUACAGACCAAAGAGUCACCAGAGGCUCUGGAGUCUGUAGAUGAGGGUAUAACCACAACAGAGCCUGAAGGUGACAGUGGGGUGACCCCAGAUGAACAGGUUUGUAAGGUGAAGCUCAAUGAAAGUGUGAGUGAAAAGUUUGAAGACGAAGGAACCGUAAUGGAGGAGACACCCGAGGGGGGAGACUAUGAAGAGAAAGGAGAGAUAGAAGAGAUUUAUGAACCACACAGAAUGGAAUUAGAUGUUGAUAAAAUGACUCCCAGUGAAGAUGAGCCUAAGGACAGGCAAGAUGAAGCCGAACAAGAGGAUGCUGUUGAAGAGAAUGUUGGUGCGAUGACUGAAAAAUCAGAAGAUCUGCUCUCAAGUCCACCACAACCAGAGACACAGAAGAUCCUUGUGUCUGCCUCACCCAAAGUGUCCUCACCUGUUUCUCCAGCUGCAUCUAUUCACGAUGAAAUGCUUCCAAUUGGCUUUGAGAGCCCAACAGCCUCGGAUGAUGAAAACAGAAACUCUGGCUUCACUCAGUCCAACAUGGAGGUCCCCUGUGUGCCUGCUCCUGCAGAUGAAAUUGUGACACCCCAGCAAGUUAUAGCUGAUGAAAGCACGAGUGAUAGAGAUGACUCACUUCCAGAGGUUGGUGGAGAAUUCUCAUCUGUAGAGUCCAGUAAGAAUAAGACUUACCUUGUCGAAGCUCAGACUGGAUCAGGCCAGGGUCAUAGUGAAGCCACUGAAGGUCAUGACUACAGCCAUUCUGCUUCAACAGUAUCUACACCAUCAUCGCUAGAAGAAUCAAAAUUGUCUAAGGACCUCACUGUUGCGGAGAAAGCUGAGCAGGGUGACUCAGCACAGGAGGAUGCCGUCUCAGCUCUCCUUACAACAUUUUCCACAACAGAACCUUUUAUUCGUUCUCCCUCGGUGGAAUGUAAGGAUGCAUUUGACACGCCAACAAAUUUUGGUGCUGCAAUAGAAUUGUCCACCACAAUGGCGGGCGACACCGUAACAAAUGUAGAAACUUCCAUCAGUGCUGAAGACAAGACACUAGAAGAAGCGAAUUCGCCUCAAUCCUCUGGUCACACGCCUUACUACCAGUCACCGGUUGAUGAAAAAGCUACAACUUUGCCUCCUGUCUCAGAUGACAAAGAGCCCGGUCCUACAAUUGUGGAACUACUGAGUGAUAAAGAGGAUUCCUCCAACAGAGUUACUCCUGAACCUGAUGAACCAUACCAGGAAAGUUGCUCCCCCGUAGAGAGGGCAGUAUCCCCUCCCAAAACCCCUUCUCCCACUGAGCCUGACUCCCCAAAACAGAAGGUGGAGUCACCCCUUGAUAUCGAAGACAACAUAAAUGCCGGAGCCUUUGUACCAAUGACCAAACAGGAUUCAGACACCAACCCAUUUACAUCUGUCAAAGAGGAGAGUAAAAUGUCAAUAUCAGAGGGCACCACAUCCGAAAAGUCAGAAACACCUUUGGAAGAAGUGGUAGCAGAAGACACAAUCUCACAUUUGGCCUCAGCAUCCACCGCCUCCCUGGCCACCAGCUCUCUACCAGAGCCAACCACUGAUUCUCCUUCUCUCCACGCGGAGGUCGGUUCUCCUCACUCCACAGAGGUAGACGACUCGCUGUCUGUGUCUGUGGUUCAGACACCAACCACCUUCCAUGAAGCUGAGGGAUCACCAUCCAAGGAAGACAGCCCCAGGCCCAUGUCUAUCUCCCCCGAUAUCUCACCAAAAUCAAAAUGCAGAACACAAGUGCAGGAUACAAAAUCCCCAGAGCAUUCCACCAUGUCUUUGGAGUAUGGACAGGAAUCCCCUGACCACUCCUUAGCACUAGAUUUCAGCAAGCAGUCCCCCGAGUACCCAUUUAUGACAGGCAGUUCCCGGGCUACCGAGAAUGGUCCAACGGAGGUUGAAUACAGUCCCUCAGAAGGAGCAGAUGCUAAACCGUCAAGAGAACCUGGUUCUGUAGUGGAUAAGCUGUUGAUUUUUGAGGAUUCUAUGCGUGCCACCUCUGCAACUCCGUCAGAUGCCUCUCAGUCUACACCAUCGGUUACAACCCCUUGUCAAAUGACAGAGAUACCUCCUGCUGUGGCUGAGGUAACAGAUAAAUCCCCUGUUACCCCUAAGGCAGCAUCUCUUACCCAGUCUCCUCAAUCCAGUGACCCAUUGCCAGGAUUUGUGGGUCUCACUCUUAAGGACAGCACAAGCCCAAUUUCACCAUCCCUGGAAAAGGUUUCUGAUAGAGCUUUCACACCUCAACCGUUUGACAAGUCGCCUUCACCACCCACCGCUACUUCACCAUGGUCUUGUUCUCCAGUGAAAGAUGAGGCAGAGGAUCCAGCUAAGGAUUUAAAACCUUUUGAAUUUCAGGAUUCAACACAUGAGGAGAAACCCUCAGUGAGCCCCAAAGUUCAGUCUCCUUCCUGUCUUUCUCCUUCCUUCGAUCUGUGUGGUUAUUCUGCCAGUGGAUCCAGGGACCCAGAAUCCACCCAGAGGUGUUCCACAGCUCCAUCCAAGACAGAUGUCGAUCUCUGCCUUGUCACUUCAUGUGAGUACCGUCACCCCAAGACGGAACUGUCUCCAUCUUUUAUCAACCCUAACCCCUUGGAGUACUUCAUCAAUGAAGAAAGUGCUUUGGAUGAGGAGAAGCCUCUUGCCAAGUUUGGGGGAGGUCCCCCACCUCCAGGUGGUAAACUUUCUUCCAGACAAUGUGAUGAGACCCCACCUACUUCCAUCAGUGAAUCUGCCCCAUCUCAGACAGACUCAGACGUACCCCCAGGUACAGAGGAGUGCCCCUCCAUUACAGCGGAUGCCAACAUUGACUCUGAAGAUGACUCUGAGACUCUGCCGACCGACAGAACCCUGACCUACAGGCACGCUGACCCUCCUCCGGUCCUCAGGGAUUCGGCUCCGUCGUCAGGACACCAUGAUGUCUGCAUGGUGGACCCAGAGGCCCUGAAGGCUGAAGAAAAUGCCAAUACUGAUGGAGGAGAAAAGCCCAAGAAGAAAAAAUUAUCCAAAAAGACUUCGUCACCUGCUAGAAAGAGCGGCCUAUCAAAAGUCAAAGAUGCAAAGACUGAGUCUCCAAAGAAGAGUGCCGGAGAAGGAAAGGAUGCCAAAAAUGCAACAAAUACUUCUGCAUCAAGAGGUGUCAAGAGUGCCGCGUCAGGUGGUGGUAGUGCAAAGACGUCACUGCCCAACUGUCCUCCCAUGUACAUGGAUCUGGUGUACAUCCCCAACCACUGCAGCGCUAAGAAUGUGGAUUCUGAGUUCUUCAAGUACGUACGCUCCUCUUACUACGUGGUCAGUGGGAAUGAUCAUACGGCUCAGGAGCCAAGUCGAACUGUCCUUGAUGCUCUGCUGGAAGGAAAGGCCCAGUGGGGGAACAACAUGCAGGUCACUCUGAUUCCAACUCAUGACACUGAUGUUCUGAGGGAGUGGUACCAGGAGACCCACGACAAACAGCAAGAGCUGAACAUCAUGGUUCUGGCCAGCAGCAGCACUGUCGUCAUGCAGGAUGAGUCCUUCCCAGCCUGUAAGAUUGAGAUGUAAGCCUGAAGCGCCAAAACAUUUUAAGAUAAAAGAAGCCUUGCCAGAGAUAGUUAAGAUGUGUUUUAUGGUUGGAGAAAACAAAUCUGUGCUGCAGUGAAACUGAACCGGCUUUUAGAUACAAUCAGUGUAAUUUCUAAUGCAUUUCACCCUAACAACAUAAUGCCUGGGUUAAAGACAGACAAAGGGUAUAAAUAAACUCAGUUUGUAGGCCUCCAAUCAAAGGGAAAGACACGAUAAUGAAUUGUAUUGGAAGGAAAUAAUAAAGAGCACCGGCUCCAGAUUUUUUAGUGACUCAUUAAUUUAAAUGCCUGUCAGAGAACAAAACAUCCGAACACAUGGCUUUCAUUUUGACUAAUGUUAUUCACACCAAAUGAUAAAUCAGUAUGUUAUUGCCUUUCUAGGAAGUGAGAAUGAAUGUACAUGAGCUGGUGUAACGACAGCGUCUGCAUUCUGGUAGUGAUCUUUAACACGGCCGUUAUUUGGAUUGUCGAAGGAUAAGAAACGUAACCUGACGCACAGUAACAUCACAGAUGUCUGAUAAAGUGCCCCUCACAUUGUGAAAUCUGCUGUUGAAUUCAAAUCCACUGGAUCCAUUUGGAUCCAUUGUGUUUUCCCCCUUUUGGGAUAUACUGUAUAUUUAUUUCAAAUUUAUUUAUUAAUGAUAAUAAUUUAUUAUUGUGCACAAAUUCCUGUAUUUGCCGUGCAACACAACGCUGAUGGAGACUGAUCUUCUUUGUCUUUGUUACAUCUGUAAAGUUAUGUUUAAUGUCAGUCGUUUUAUUUAAUUUAUUUUUUUUAUUUCUGUAUCCACUGAAACAGUUUCUGAUCUGCUCUGGGCGUGAACUCAUUGCACAGAGGGAGAGCCAGUCUUUCCCAAUGUAAAGCAAGUGAGGCAGGAUGUUUUCAUACAUCUUGAAAUGUCUUGUUUUUCUAAAGCACUGUACUGUAAUUAUAAAUAGCUGUUGUGGCUGACGGGGUGUUUGACAUAAGCGCAUGAUUUCUGACACGUUAGGAUUUUUCUCUUGCAGCGAGGGAUUUCCCCUUGGACUUUGGGCGUUAGAACAGCAGGGAUAUGAAAGUAUAAAUGUAAGAAGCAUUUUAGGAUUUUUUUUUUGAAGGUCACAGUGCCAUUGUACAGUCACAGAAGCAGUGGGUCUGUGGAGUCACUGUUAACUCAGAGCGUGGAUUGUCAGGUCAGAGGGAGCGGGAAAUAUCUGGUACCAAGGUUAACAAGAGAAACAGCUUCUAGUUGUGGCAGUGGUUGUUCUCAGCCAGGAGAGUGAGUGGGUGAGUGAGUGAGUGAGUGAGUGGGUGAGUGAGUGAGUGGGUGAGGCGCGGUUCAGAUGAAAGUAUGUAAAACAAAACUCGACACUUUAACCACAAUCAUGACACAGACCACACCGACAGCAUAACGGCUAUUGGACAACUUUGACAGUCCUGCUUAAGGAUAACCAUCUAACAAACACACACACACCGUAACAACAGGCGUCCAGACUUGUUGCAGUUGACAGUAUGAGUGACACGUCGGCUGUUCACUUGUCACAGACGCCAACCAGGUCGAAUCUCAAACCAACAAUAACCUACAAACACAGAGAAGACACUAGACCAAAACCGACUCUUCUCUUCUUUGACUUCUUUCUCUUACACUUACUCUUUUUCUCUCUCAGUCUAUUUAUCGCUGCCUUUCUCCGUUGUCCUUCUCCUGGGAGAACUUUAUUAACGUUUGUCUGCGGCUGUGUGGUUUACUUGUCUUGUGAUCAUCCUGCAUCCUCUCUCUCUCUCUCUCUCUCUCCCUCUAGUUCCCAAACCCAUAUAGUGUAUACACAAUAGCGAUUAGUUUUAAGUGAGUGUUCCUUAGUGCUUUCUGAUGUUGGUGUGCAAUGUACCCUCGACCCCUACAGCAAAACCUGAUUUAAGAGGAAAGUACCGAACUACUGAAGAACAAACAUUCAAAAACAACAACAAUAAAGUCUGGUAUGAACACGAA